AUGGCCGUUAGCCUGCAGUUGCUAAGGGUAUUCCGGACAGUGGUGGUGUCCCUGUUGUUACUGCAGUCCAUGGUGGCCACUCACUACCGUCUGCUAGUGUUGCACACCAACGACAUGCACUCCCGGUUUGAUCAGAUUGACGAGAAGGGUGCAGAAUGCGUCAUGGCCGGCCAGCCGUGUUACGGUGGUUUUGCGCGUCUCAAGGCGGCCGUCGACCGGGAGCGCCGUCGUGCCGAAGCCAGUUCAGUGGACGGCACGCUGUUCCUAAACGCCGGCGACACAUUCCAGGGCACAGCGUUCUACACGUUACUCAAGUGGCGGGCCGUCGAGCGAAUGGUCCGGAAACUCGGCAUCGACGUCAUGUGUUUAGGAAAUCACGAAUUUGACGACGGUGUCGAAGACGUUGCAAUGUACAUUCGAAACAUAACCAUUCCAGUAGUAGCUAGUAAUCUCGAUCUAACCAACGAACCGUUAUUGGCUGACGAACCGAACUUGACGAAAUCUAAAGUUCUGAUGGUGAACGGUCGCAAAAUUGGAAUCAUCGGAUACUUAACACCGGAAACAGCAGUUAUGACACGAGUGGGCAACGUGAAAAUACUACCGGAAAUUCCAUCGAUUGCGGCAGAGGCGAAACGUCUGAAAAAAGACGGAGUUGACAUUCUCAUUGCGCUAGGACAUUCUGGUGUAGAAAUGGAUACGCAGAUAGCCAGAGAUGUUGAGGACAUUGAUUUGGUGAUUGGUGGACAUUCACAUACAUUUUUAUACACAGGAAAUCCACCGGACAUCGAUAAGCCCUUAGGUCCAUAUCCUCUUUGGGUGGAACAACCAAAUACCAAAAGGAAUGUACCUAUCAUCCAUGCAUAUUACGUUACCAAAUACUUGGGUCAAUUGUGGCUGGAUUUCGAUGAAGCCGGAGAAGUCGUCAAAAGUUAUGGAAACCCGAUUUUAUUAGAUUCCAGUGUCGGACAAGACCCAGAACUAUUGAAUGAAGUAAAAAUCAUGAGCAAAGUGAUCGAGGCCAAGACUAAACAAGUGAUUGGUUCAACAAGUGUAUUCUUAGAAGGAAUCGAUGAAUAUUGUAGAUUCAGGGAAUGUAACUUGGGAAAUUUCAUAACGGACUCUUUUAUAGAUUACAAUAUUCGAAACAAUGUUAAAUCGUAUGGCUUGACCAAAUACUGGACGGACGCACCUAUAGCAUUGAUACAAGCUGGCGGGAUACGGACAAACAUGAAUAAUAGAAAUAAAAUAGGUAACAUCACUUUUGGUGAUUUAUUGUCGUCGCUUCCAUUUCAGGAUGAUGUAGGGAAAAUUACGACUAAGGGUUCAGAUAUUUGGUCAGCUUUUGAGUACUCCGUUCGACGGUACAGUAAAACGGUUGCCAACGGUGAAUUUCUUCAAGUUUCAGGAUUGAAUGUCGUAAUAGAUCUUGGUCGGCCCAGUGGCGAUCGAGUGCAAUCCAUUUACGCUAGGUGUGGAAAUUGCGCCGUGCCGGUGUACGAGAAAUUGGAUUUAAACGCCAAUUACACAAUAAUUAUCAGUAAUUAUCUGUCAGAAGGCGGCGAUGGUUUUUCGUUCAAAAAAGUGUUAAAAUACCAAAGUUUUGGAAAAACGGAUUUGAAUAUCGUGGAAGAACAGUUUCACGCAAGGUCUCCAAUAUGGCCAGAAGUUAGUCAACGGAUAGUGCUGCUUAGCGCGGAAGAGAUGAAUAAGGUGCAGACAACUACCUCUAAUAGCCAAUUAGUUUUCACAUCCUUAUCAAACUUGACAAUAUUAUUGUUGACAAUCGUCUUCAUGUUGUGUCUGCCCGACCAGGGGCUUGCUAACGGGAGGGAUAUGAGAGUAACAUGA